AUGAGCCUAGAACUGUACUUGGACCUUAUCUCCCCGCCCUGUCGGAGUGUUUAUGUCUUUGCCAAGUUGAACAAUAUCCGUUUCGACUACUUCCCUGUGGAUCUGCUCCGAGGUGACCACCACAGCAAGGAAUUUGAAGCGAUCAACAUGCUGAAGACAGUGCCUGUGCUCAAAGAAGGAGACUUCACCCUGGUUGAGAGUAUAGCCAUCCUGAUGUACCUAAUCCGAAAAUACAGAACCUCCAUCUAUUGGUACCCUCCUGACGUACAGUUGCGGGGCUUGAUCGAUGAAUAUUUGGCCUGGCAGCAUGAAGGCAUACAUAUAAAAAUGCAAAAGUUUCUGUGGUCAAAGUUGCUGAUCCCACUGAUUACGGGCCAGGAAAUGCCAAAGGAAAGACACGAAGAAAUACUUGCAGAUGUCAAUAUGAAUGUCCAGAUGUUCACAGACCACUUCUUGAAGGAUAAGCCAUUUAUAGCAGGGAAUAUCAUCUCCUUGGCCGAUCUCGUGGCUGUUAUGGAGUUGAUGCAGCCAGUGGGUGCCAGCUAUAAUAUCUUCAUGGGCAAACCCAAGCUCAAUGCAUGGCGCCAGCGGGUAGAGGACUCUGUGGGUCCCAGACUCUUCGAGGAGGCCCAUGCGAGGCUGCUAAACAUCAAGAAAUGGGAUACAUCCUUCUUAGAGCCCUCUGUGAAAGAGAAGAUCAUUGCCAUGGUAGAGAACAUGGCCAAGUGA